AUGAUAAAACCAGAGAGUGAUAAUUUUGAUAUGCUAAAAGGACGGUCAAUACGAUCUUCAAGCUGGAAUGAUUAUGGAUCAUUCGAAAGUCAUCGACUGACUCAGCGACGAGCUUCAGACCAACGUUUCUCUCAGCAUACUCGACAUUUACCAUCAAGAACACUAGCAUUUUUAAGCUAUACCGAAAAUCCAAAACUUCAUUUUGUGCAACCUUAUAAAACAUUACAAUUAUUAGAUGAAGAACAGUCCCAAAUUGAAGAACACGUUGAUAGUAUCGCUAAUCAUAUUGAACUUCAAGAAGAUCUGAUGCAAGAUGAUCCUCUAUCAGAAAUGCGGCGUAUUGAAGCGCUUAGAGAUAUGCCAGAAUGUUUGACUGUUAAAAGAUCUAUAAAAGCUAAAUUGAGUCAGUCCAUUAAUCUUAAAUCUAAUAAACAAGGUUUAAGUACAUGGAAAAGAUUUAAGUACACUUUCAGUAUUUUUUUUAUAAAGAUUAUCAUUGGUUUAAAAAAUUUUUUAUCCAAUUUUGAAAUAUGGCACCAUUCGAUAAAAUCUAUUGAGGGCCAUUUUGGAAGUGGUGUUGCGACCUAUUUUAAAUUUUUGAGAUGGUUAUUUUUACUCAAUAUAAUAAGCUGCUUUUUAAGUGUGUUUUUUAUUGUUAUUCCUCAAUCAUUAAUAGAAAUUUAUUCAGAGCCUUUGCAGUUUAAUUUUGUUGAUUUAUUAAUAGGACAAGGUUUUAUGCAAAAUACAAUUUCAUUUUAUGGAUUUUACUCUAACUACUCAGUAGAAAUAAUACCUGGUUAUACGUAUAAUAUACCAACAGCAUAUAUAAUUUCAAUGUUAUCUUGUUAUUUAUUCAUAUUUACUCUGUUGUCAGUAAAAGUAACAAAAUCUUACCGAAAAUGUUUCAUUGAAACAUCGGGUGGAAUACAUAAUUUGUAUGCAAAUAAAAUAUUUUGUGGAUGGGACCAUAAUAUAACGUCGUACAAAGCAGCAUGUUUACGUUCAUCUUCAAUUUACAGAGAACUUAAAGAAUUAUUAGCUGAACCGGAUGCUUUUAAUGAAACUAGUUGUCUUGCUAAGCUUUAUAAAUUUUUUAUACAGUUUAUAGUAAAUAUUUCAGUAAUGGUGACAAUUGUAGGAACUGGUAUUUUAAUAUGGACUUUACUCAGUGCACAUAUGCCUCAAAAAUCAAAUCUUGUUUCUAUAUUAACAAUACCUUUAGUUGUUACAAUUAUUAUGAGUAUUUUUCCAGUCAUAAUAUCACAAUUGGUGAAAAUUGAAAAUUAUAGAAAUAAACGAAUUGCUUUAUUUGUUACAAUGAUACGAAUAUUUGCAAUGGCUGUGAUAGUAAUUGGUACAUUAUUAGUUUAUUGGCUGACAUUUGGCCUGACUGAUUGCUGGCAAACAGAAUUAGCUCAAGAAAUGUAUCGACUGAUUAUUUUUGACUUUUUAAUAUUUAUAAUAGGAAGUUUUAUUGUUGAGGCGGUUCAUUACUAUGUUUAUUCUACAGUUUGGAAAAAAAUUGGUGCUCCAAAUUUUGACAUUGCCAUAAACACCUUGAAUUUAAUUUAUAAUCAAAUUUUAUUUUGGGUUGCCUUCUAUUUUAGUCCAUUGUUAUCGGUUAUUAGUGUUGUUAAAAUAUUUUUAACAUUUUAUAUAAAAAAAUUUGGAUUAAUGAGACACUGUGAGCCACCCUUGAUUCCUUGGCGAGCAGCUCAAACGCAAACAUUAUUUCUCGCUUUAACGUUUCUUGGUAUGACUGGAGCUCUGACAAUGUUGGGAUAUGUUGUAACAACUGUCGAGUGUAAUGUCUGUGGGCCAUUUCAAAAUUAUAAUUACACUUGGGAAGUAGUGAUUGAACGUGUUCUGGAUCUUCAACGUGAUAGCAAAGCAUGGAAAAUAAUUACAAGCUUAGCCAAGCCAGGAGUCGGUGCAGCUAUAUUAAUUGCUAUGAGUGUAACUGUUUAUUGUUUUCGUUCUAAAGCUGAAGCCAGUAGACAGAUGGUUCAAAUUUUACGUGAAAUGUUGGUUCUUCAAUCACGAGAUAAAGACUUUUUGCUCAAUGAAUUUUCUAAAGUAGCUGACGAAAAUUGGUUGCAACGUCGAAUAGCUUUUAAUGAAAGCCGUAUCAAUAGUAUUGAUCCACAAAAAGAAUUGCAUGUUCAAACUCCUUUUAAAAGUCAUAUUGCGUCGAUGAUUUUUGAUGGUAGCCCUCAUAAAUCCGAAAAUAUCCAAAAUUCAACACCAAGCUGUUCAAAACAUUAUGUUACAUUUGAUUAUUCGUAA